CGGUUACGUGUUUGAAAGCGUGUGGGCAAACGCAAAGCGAGCAUUUAUUGUGCUGGAAAAGUGUACAAAAUUUCGUGACGUUUUUUGUUGCAAGUACGGCAAAGUGAAAUUUUGAUGUUCAACUUUUUGUGCCAUAAAAUAUAUACAGAAUGCCAGCAACCAUUUUUUCUUGCUAUAAAUGCAUAUGUUUGCAUGUGUGUGUGCCUAAAGUUUCUAAUGGAAAAAAUUUCACUUUACAAUCUGUGCGCUGGCACACACAUGUGUACGUAAAUAUGUAUAUGUUUCUAUGCAGUGCGUAUGUUUAUUUGCACAUAUGGAGAUGUGUGAGUUUUUAGUGUUGUUGUGUGUGAGUAUCACCAUAUGUGUAUGAGCAGUUAGAGCUAGAGCGGUCAAGUGAAGAAUAAUCGCUGAACUGAGUGCGCGGGCAAAACACUUGACACGCACACACGCAUAGCUAUACAGCUAUUUUCGUAUAUAUAUGUAUGCGGCUGUGCAUGAGUGUAAGUGCGUAUAUGUGAUAACGCGGCGCAUGUGUUCCACUAUCAGGAACAAUAAUAAGAACCACACACACACGCUGUGGGCACGCGUUCGUAACGGCGCGGCAUGGCAAGGCGACGCGGCAUUUAUCUUUCAUUUCGUAGUUUCGUACUGCGGUGCCGGGCUCGCUUUAAAUUGGUGCGCGUUCGCAUUGGAAUUUCGACGACGAAAAUAUCGGCAACAUAAACAACAAACACUACUGCUAGUGCAUGCAACGUUUGGAAAUAAAUAAAUCCAACGUUUCGCGGCGAAAACGAAGGCGAGAGAAUUGGGCGCACGGUGGGCGAAUGGGGCGAAUUCAAGCUCCAACUAGCGGCAACGGCAACCGCGAGGCGUAGAAAGUUCGCAGUCGCCGCCAAGCGUUCGGUAAUAUACGAAUUGCGCUGCUUUCGGCUUUAAAUGUGUAUCUGCGAGUACAAAAAAAAAAAGAAUAGAUAGAUACAAAGCUUAAAACAGACACUUGGUAGAUGCGCAGUGUAGAAAUCGCGCUAUUCGUGAGCGAAGCGUAUCGUGUCGACAAUCUCUUGUGGUGGUGCUGGUGAGUCGGCUAUACUCCACGCUGUGUGCUACAGAUUUACGGAGCGAAUUUGUGGCGGCGAGUAUUACAAUGUUAGCUACAGUUUCAGUCGGUCGGUUUGUGGUGGGUGGCGCGCGAACUAAAAACCGAAAACAAGUGGAAGCAGUAGAAGUGGCACGUUGGUGCUAGCGCUGAUGGUGGUGGUGGUGAUGGCGCAUUCGCCUGAUUCAAACCAUUCGAGGCUAUUGAAAGUUUACAUAGUAUCAAAUCUAAUACAUUUAAUUAAACACAUAAUUAAUUAAAAUUAAAUAAAAUAUCCAAGAUGAAGCUACAAAAGACAGAUAAAAUGCUCAAAGUGCGCGAGUUCAAUGAAUUGCUCAGCUGCCAUCUUUGCGGCGGCUAUAUGAUAAAUCCAACAACAGUGGAUAAUUGCUUGCAUACAUAUUGCCGCAGCUGUAUUGUGAAGCAUUUACAACGCGAAGCUUCUUGUCCACAAUGCAAAGAAGUCGGAGGUAUCAAACAAGUUAAUAUGGGCAAUUUGCGAUCGGAUGAUGUAAUGCGUGCGUUGAUUUUUAAAAUGGUGCCCGGUCUAUACCAAAAGGAACGGGAGCGUGCAAUACAAUUCAACGUCACACAACUGAAUAGUCAGCAGCGCAUAAAUGUUGAGGAAGCAGCCAACGUUGUCAGCAGAGAGCAGGAGACAGUUGAAGAGAAUUUUUUUGCGCCUAAUGAACCAAUUAGUUUGUCAUUGGAAUAUCAUCCGACUUUGCUGAAGGGCUGUAGCACGAGUCAAAUACCGCCUGUGCGUUAUCUGCAGUGUCCAGCUUGCUUGAAGAUACGUCACUUAAAACGUUUCCUCUGUUCCAAAUUCGACAUUGACCCGGAGAGUAAGCGUAUCGAGGUGGAAGUGAUUUAUGAGGAUGAGGUGUUGCCAAAUGAUUUUACGCUAAUGGAUGUUGGCUAUUGUUACAACUGGAAGAGGCAUGCACCUAUGCAAUUCACCUAUCGCAUACUUUUCUAUGGCAAUGAGUCUCAGAGCCCUACAAAGCGAAUCAAUAAGGCCGGGGUCGAGGUGAAACAAAAUUCUCGCGUUGACAGAGUAAAACCCCCCGAAUUGAAACAAAAUGAAGGUAUUACGCUCUCUGAUGAAGCCAGCAUUACAAACCUGUCUGCUGUAUCCAUUGUCAACUAUAACAACAACCAACAGACACUGCAAAAAGCUCCUAAGAACAAGAGUAAAUCAUCAAAGUCUAUUAAAAUCACUUCAAAUAAAACAUACAAUCCGAGAAAUGAAGAGGUAAAUGCCCCCGUAAAAAUGAUAUUUGCGCGCAAAUCUAGCGCUGAGAGCGGUAAGAAACCAUCACCCAAGCGCAACAACCACGAAGAUGUAACGUAUACCGUAACAAAUGAUUUCAAGAGUCUACGCAGCAAUGAUAUGCGUUAUAGCGACUAUGCCGUCUCGUCCACCACGAGCAAUAGUAAUUCGCCAAAGAGUUCUCCGAAAAGUGAACACCGUUCAAGUAAAUCUAUGGCGAACGCGCACGAAUCAUCUCCACCACAAACGGUACAAUCCGUGGGAACUUCAUCGGCGACGGUGCCAAAAUGUGACAUUGUCGUGAGCAUACCGCAGUCGCAAAUGCCGAAAUCGCCGUAUUCGAUCGAUGAUGAAUUUGAGAAUGUCUCAUUGGCGCAGUUGAAAACCGCGAGCAAGAAAUCGCCUAUAAUUUCAACAACAACUAACGUGGAGUCAACAAAAAGUGGCUCGACUAGAAAUGUGCCAAAGUUGAAAAUUGAAUUGAAUAGUCUGAAGACGCGUUUGAGCAUUUCAAAGCCCAAAUCGGCUGGUGUGUUGUCAAGUACGGAGGUCUCAGAGAAACGCGACCGUACCAAGCAGCGUAAACACUCAUUGGAUGAAGUAGCUGCGCCAUUGAAUGAUAGACUGGAUAUAGAGACCUAUGCGAAAAACAUCGGCUUACAGCCCAUAGAGGUAUUGACGCCACCUGAAUCGUGCGAAAAGCUCAAAUAUAGUCCAAAUGCCUCCCCGCUUUCGUCUGCAUCCUCAACAACCAGUUCGUCGAACAACGCUUUUCCGCUGACCACAACCGCCGAGCUGACUACGAAAACGACUUUCCAUAAGAAAAGGAAAAAGAAGCACUCGAAAGAUUCGAAGGAACCAAAGGACAGCAAACGGCGUAGAAUGCAUGCAGAGAUCUCCAGUAAACCGGAAGAAGAAAGCCUUAAAAUGAAGGUUAAGCUAACAGCGCCACAUAAUCAUAAAUCCCACAAGUCUGAAAGUUCUGGUACAAAGAAAAGUAGUGAUGAAAUGCGUAAGUCACCACCGAUUGUGAGGGAUGUCAAAGUGCUGGCCACGGCAACAGUUCCAGAUGUACCAGUGACACCAAUAAAUGAUAGCAUUUUGGCAUUGAACAAAACUCUCGGAGAGGAAUCGCGUAGCAUAAAUCAUCUCAUGAUGGAAAAGGAAAGAACCAAAGAGGUUGUCAAAGUGGUAAAGGCGGAUGAAACAUUGCUAACGCUCCCACAAACAAAUUUGCUUCCAAAACCCUACAGCAACAUAAGAGAUUCCAAAUUACCCGCCUCACCACCACUACCGCCCAGUCUCUUCAAGACGACGCCACUUAAUUUCAAUACACUCACAGUUACCAGCACGACUGUGGGUCAAUCAAAGUCUACAAAUAACUCAUCCAAGCAAUUGGACUUGACCAAAGGCAAACAGCAAGUGUCACUAACGACAAAAUCAACCUCAGUACCGCAGUAUAACAGACAGGGUUCCCUAAGUGCUCCGAAACCACAUCCACAUUUUAUAGUUCCAAGCCUUCCUCGACGCCCCUCACCUGGCACAAAUAGUUCGUAUACACCUUCGUCCAUAGCCAGUGCCAGUAGCAAACAGCUCGGUAUGCAAUUAAAACGCUCCGCCUCUUUGGAUGAGCCUUAUGCAAUUGGUGGACGUGCGAAGCAAGUUAAGCUCGAUGCGUCUCAACGCAAGGCGCUGUACGGCAGUUAUGCAAAUAAGCCGCUUACACCGCCAUCCACCAGCGUAAGCAUUAGCAAACUGGCCGAUACUGCAACCAAUGUGCAAAGCUCUAGUGGCACUCAUAAUAAUGCAGUUACCAUCACGGCACGUCCACCGGCCGGCAUGACGCAGGAACAAAUGCGCUGGCAACUACCACCAUACACUCAGUUGCAUUUACCGUUUAACAAACCCGCCGUGGAAAUCGUGCGCAUCAACUCGAAUCAAACGAGCACGGAUAUGCAUAUACCAGCGUUAAGUACACCGAAGAGCGGACGUAUGAUGGGACCACCACUAUCUAUGGUGAAGGGCAAGAAAUCCGUGGGACACCAGUUAGGCGCUAUGCCUUCCACUGGCGGGGUGAAAUCACCGCCAAUAUCCCUGAAUGCUGUAUCUUUAGGACAUGGAAGGAAUAAUCCGUAUCGGCUAUCACCACCGGCGCUGGUAAAUCUACAAGGACCAACAUUUAGCGCGUCCAAGAAACUCGGCGCACUGGCUACAGAUAAUACCUAUAAGAAACCGGAGAACUUGAGCAAGACCAACGGCACUACCGAUAAGCAGUUACAGCAAUCACGCAUUAGUUUGAGGGACUUUAGACCGAGCUCACGUGAUCACAGCUUCGAUAUAAUUGAUGUUACGGAGGGUAGUGGCAAAGCAGAAGUGAGCCCAGCGGCUGAUACUACAGUCAGCGCCACAGCUGCUACGCCGUCAGCGCGUGAAAGCCUGGAAGCCGCUUUGAAUAAAAUUAAACAGAACAUCACUUCCACAACAAGCGUGCAAGAUGGUGCGGCUGCUUCCGCCGCAAAGCAACAACAGUUGCCCUCGCCUACGCAGAUGAGCAACGAAGACCUACAGAAUCUACACUUGCUUUCCGAGUCAGCAACGACACGUGAGAAGAUCGCAAUACGCUCUUCGCAGUCCUACGAGAAACCGAAGAUGCAACCAUCUUCUUUGGUACGCCAACAAAACGCUUCUGUGCGCAACAUACCGAAUCCCUCAGCGUUGGCGUUCCGAAAUAUGUCGACGCUGCCUGCUGUAAGCUCCACUUUGACGCCCGUAUCCACGGUUGCUGCCAGCAGCAGCGCGCCAUCCACAACCUCAACCACACCAACAACCAGUCCCGCUUCACCAUCCAUACAAAAAACAUUACCGCUGGUGCCACUUCCCUUAACCAGCUCUGCUGCGCCGCUUAGUCCCGGCAAUCCGGCGUUGUCUGCCACCACAACCAGCAGCAGUGCAGUUAGCGCUACCAGCACCAGUGUAACUGUGGCACGCACCGUCAAGAAGCCGACAACCAUUGAUCAAGUCGCCGCUAAUUUAAAUAUGCGCGCAUCAGCCGCCGCCGCGGAAGCACACGCAGCUAAAUUGAGCGCAGCCGAGGAUGUCACGCAAAUAACUUCGUCGAGUCAAAAUAAUGCCAGCGACCUGACAAAGGUGACGCUCACUACAACUGCGGCUUCUUCAACCACAGCUAACGAAACGUCGUCCACAGCUGCUGAGUGUGCAAAGGCGGAUACGAACGAAGCGGCAAACGGAGUGGCUGAGAUUGCGAAAACGAAAGUGUUGCCGAAAUCCGUAGCCGAUAGUGGUGUGACAACUGCGAUUGUCACUGAUGUCACUAACAUAGAGAACACUGCGAGUAACAGCAACAGCAACAGCAACAGCAAUAACAAUAAUAAUAAUAAUAAUAAUAACAACAACAACAGUAAUAGCAAGAACAACAAUAAUAACGGCAAUAACGAUGUCAAAUAUGGCGUGACGUCAGCUAGCGUGGCGAGUGAUUAAGAUACAGUCAGUCGAUGCGAAAUUUUCUUCGAAAUAGUAGACUCCGAAGUGAAAUAUUACUGGCGAUGGAUGGAUGGCGCUAAUGGCACUAAUGACAUUUAAAGGGUAAAUAAUCACCAAAUAUGUAACAUGCAAUACAUAAUACAUUAUAUAGCAACAAAAUGAAGUUUCAGAGUAGGCACUCAAUUAUAAUUAAAUAUAAAAAUAUUAAAAAUAAAAUAUAAUGAAGUUUAAAUGUAAAUAAAAUAUGAAAAAUAAUUUGGCAUUGCAAGCACAAUUUUCAAACGAAUUAAUUUCAUUAAUUAUAAGUGAGUAUUAUAAAUUAUUUACUUAACUGUAAAUCAUUGAAAAAACCCAAAACAUUGUAAUAAUUGUAAAUUGUACUCUUAACAAAUACAUACAUAUAUUUAGCAGGAAUAAGUAUAAAAAAAAUUAAAUUAUUUAAAUGUACCUAAUUAGAAAUUCAUCAGAACACAAAAAAAUAUAUAUAAUCAAUGAUACAUAUUGUUACAUACAUAUGUACAUACAAGUAUAUAUGUACAUAUGUUUAUCCUCAUAUGUAUAUGUAUACGUAUGUGUAUAUAUUUGUAUAUAUGGGGUUAAAUAUAUACAUAUAGAUAUGUAAGAAGUUAUGUAUGUAAGCACAUAAAAGCUCACAUACAUAUAUACUAUAUUAUAUAUACAUAUAUUCAAAAUAAUAAUAUAGGUAUAUAACAAAGCUGAUGUCCGUGGUAGGCUAAAAAUGUUUCAAAAAUGUGUAGUAUUAGAAAAGUGAAUUUAGAACUUAAAUCGAGUUAAUUAACAUUGUUUAAACAACUUUUAAAAAAUAUUUAAUUUUUUUAACUUUUACUAAUAGUAUUGGGGGAAUAUGAAAUAACUCGGUUUAAAAACUGUCUCCUUGAGUAAAGAAUUUUACUAAUACCGUAAAUUUAUUUAAAAAUAAUUUACGCCCCAUUUUAUGUUAAAGAAAUUUAAAUUCGCACAACUAAAGCUUUAAAUGUAUUCUCCUUUAUAUGCAAACUACAUAACUAUAGUUUUUAAAAGUUAGCCCUCGCAAGACCUUAAUGUAAACAAUUCAAUAUCGUAUAUACUUACACUUAUGCAUAUGUAAAUAAUCAAAGAAGUCGUAAAAAUUCUACUAAUUAAUAAAGAAAGUGACUCCAAGCGUCGCUGCUCACGAGUUCAUAAAUAAGCAACAAAUGAGCGGCGUUAAUGUAUUUUAUGUAGUUAUUAAUGUUUAGCGAAAGCAGUUUUGCACAAAACGUAUGUAUAAACGAAUGAAGAAAAUGAAAUAAAGGAAAAUCUCAGCACAUUCACACAUACAUAUAUUAUACAUAUAUAGUUAUGUACACAAGCGUCUACUGCAUAUAAAAUAACAUACAAACGCAUAUACAUACAUAUAUGUAUGUAUAUACAUAUAUACAUAUUUAUCUGCUGCUAAAAUUUGCAAUAAAAACGUAAUAUCCUUCAUGGCAUGCCAGGCACAUACUUACAAAAUUUACUGAAACGCACACUUAUGUAUGUAUGCAUAAAUAAACACAUACAUAACAUACACUUAUGUGUGUACAUAAAUUACACAUAUUUUGAACAAUUUUUAGUUUUAAAAUUGAAAUUUAUGUAUUGAUUUUUCCAAGUGUUUUUUUUUAAUUCGCCGUCAAUGCGCUGACAUUGAAGUAUGUAUUGAUUGCAUAAUUAAAUUCCGAACAACCUGCCUCUUUAUUUUAUUUGAUUGACCAAUUGACGGGCACAUCACGGCCACUUCAGUUCAACAUUUCAAUCGUCGAUUUUCAUUUUGUGAAAUAUUUUUACGAUUUGUUAUUAUUAUUUUUGGGCGCCGCUGAUUUAUGUACAUGUAUACAUGUGUAUGUAUAUAAAUUUAUACAUAUAUACAUAUGUAUAUUUUGUAUAUUUAUGUAUGUAAUGUAUGGCUAUGAAGAGUUUGUUUAAGUAAUUUUUUUGUUUUCUUGCAAAGCAAAUGUUAAUGAGAAUCAAAUUGGACGCGAAUUGGAAAGUUACUCGAAAAUACAGUUCCUGCUAUAUGUUAUUCAUGCACAUACAUACAUAUGUAUGUAUGUAUAUGUUUUUUAUUACUUUUGUAUAUACUUAUUUAAAGAUUUAGUUGCACAUAUCAUUUGUUAAUACAUAUUUGUAUAAUAUCUGAAUAUUUAAUUGUAAUAGAUUGCAAGUUUAGUUUUUUUAAUUUUUUUUAUUUAAGUUGAACUAUUCAAAAAACUUUCGCGAUUUAAUAUCGACUUACACCAUGUAUAUUUAAAUUGCUUAUUAUUUUUUGUUGUUUUAUGCUAUAGUCCUUUUACUUCAGAAUUAGUAAUCGGAUAUAAUGCGUUAUAUCCACUUGUAAGUUCGAAGAUAUGCGUUAUUUGGUUGAAAAGGCAUUUUAUUUAUAUGAAAAUACACAGAAUUACAGAAUUUAAUACACGUUAAUAAUCAAUAAUACAUUUCGAAAAAUUCUGGAUUAACUUCUCUGGCGGUGAGGAAGAUAUUGUCCCUAAGGGUUUACAUGGGUUUCCUCGGGUAAAAAGCACCCAUUUUUCAACAUUUUUUUCCAUAUAAAAAAUGAAAUAUUUUAUUAGAAUUUUUUAUUGUUACAAACGUACACUAUUAACAACGAAAUUCUGAAAUUUUUGGAAAAAAAUAUUUUCACAAAAAAAUUAAAAUUAGUUGUAAUCGAAAAAAAGUACUACGUUUAAGUCCGUAAGAAUUGUAUUUCAAAGUUCUGUGUAAAAUUGUACGAGAUCGGUUGAGUAGCUCUCGAGAAAUCUUUCCAUUUAGUCUAGAUAGCCUCAAGCGCACAAUUUCUCUCCAAAACUAUUACUCGAUCAACUUGAAGACUUAGGACAAUAUUUUAGAGGUGUUGAAGAAUUUAAUAAAACCAAAAAAAACGAUUUCUUUUUUGAAACCUGUAAACCCAUGUAAUUCCUUAAAGUGAUACUUUAGUUUGGAUUCAUUAGUUUCGGGUAAUUUUUGAAGUCUAAAAAACGGCAAUUAAUUUAUUUAACGAUCUAGUUUUUAUUAGUUACUUAUUAACAUUAAAAGAAUACAGGAAAAAUAAAAAAGUUAUUAUAAAAAUUUAACUCAUGAGAAGCGGGUCUUAGUAAAUUGGUACGUGAUCAUACCCACGAUUUCAACCCUCCUAAUAAAC